CAUAUACAAACCACCAUCUUUCGACCACUUCAACUCAACCAUCUUUUCUUUUGAUCAGGAAUCUGACCUACUGGGUCCUCUUCGGAUAAUUUGAAAGUCAAGAAAUUGCCUGAUUUCGAAAGCUUCAGCAAUAUGUCAAACUUGUUUUCAGGAAUGUACGUGGUCGGAUUUCUUAUUUGUUAUUUGGUGCCCUUUGAUAUUUGAAGCCUCAGUGGUAAUACUUAAUAAUUCACCACUUUAAAUUAUCUGGGUGAUGAAACCUGGGGCGGGGAAAAGUGUUCCAUUAUGGAGGAAAUUUUUUCGAGGUGUAGUGAUAUGAGAAGUCGGCUCAUUGUCACCGCCCGAUAUCUCUAUCGGCUCAACCGACGUAUCAGCAAGCAGAGUUGCUUGAAGCUAUAUGAUCAAAUGAGAAGCAUUGGGGCCGAUCUUAUCGUUUUGUGUCAAACCUCUUUGGCCAAGGCGAUUCUUUAUCAGCAAAGUGUUUCGGCUUCCCCGCCAAAAAACUCCAUGGGCUCUAGCUAUGUACUUCACCUCCCCAAGGUAUAUUUGCUUUUUAUACUUAUUAUUGACUCACUGAUCCGUCAGUGUCUGGUCUUCGGUGUUACACAAACCCCAAUGCUGUGCUUCUGGCUGCUCUGAUGCGAGGCUUUUUAUACCUUUUGUUUCUAGUCAACCUGAGGAUGAAACCUGCUGACUGUUUUGUUUUUAUAGAAGUGGUCGCUUUCGCGGCAGUGGUAAGAAUUCUGGCGCGAAGAGUCCGGGUGGACUUAACGGAGUUUCGCCAACCUCUCCUACAGGCAAUUCCCCCGUCAAUUCUUCGUCACCUGCGAGCAUGGCACCCCGCAUCUCGCCACUACCCAACUCGCCUUCGCUCUCACAAACCAUGUCUAUGGAUGACCAGCACCUUCCCCCUGCAGGCAGUGAUCCUCUCGCCGCUUACAACCUCCCUCGCCCUAAGCCGCUCUGGCUGAACAAUGCUUAUGCUAAGCACAUUGUUAAGGGCAAUUUUAUGACAUUGUCUGCCCGCCCAAAGACAGUUGAGCCUGGAGAGUGGAUUGCUCACCAAGGUAAGCCAAAACAAACAUUUUGACAGUCAUGUGCUAAAAUUCGUAGUGGUUGAACAUUAUCGUAUCUUGUGGAACUUUGUCCGGGUAAUUCACGAAAAGGAAGAAGAUGGUAACACCAUUUGCAACCCCCAGACUUGCCCCCGCAUGUCUGCUGGCGCGUAAGUCAACAGUUUUCGAGCCUUCAUCGAUACAAUAUCUGACAAGCUAUGCUAGCAAUCACUCCUUUACUUGGUUAAACUCCCGUAGAGAGCCUGUAGAGGUACCAGCCCAUGAGUACAUCUCCCUCAUGCAGCGCUGGAUUUCUGGCAAGAUCGACAAUACCGCUAUUUUCCCGACUGAUCCCGCCGGCAUUUCCUACUGUCACAACAGUAGCGGUCCCGAGAUCGCUGGCUCAACUUAUGCUUCUGGCGGAGUCAACACCCCUGGCUCAAACACACCCAUUCCUGCCGGCCCAACCACACUCACAACUUCUCUCUCCCAGCUUGCCGGAGCUGGUGAGUGGAUCGGCAAGAGUAGCGGAUUUCCCCAAGAGUUUGUUGAUGUAUGCCAAACAAUCUUUAGACAAAUGUUCCGAGUCUAUGCUCAUCUGUAUUGGGGACACUUUAUCGAGCCUUUCUACCAUCUUAAUCUCGACAAGCACAUGAAUAGUUGCUUCAGUCACUUCGUUUUAACGGCAACUGAGAUUGACAUGUUGAAGCCGCAUGAAUUGGAGCCUAUGCAACCAUUGAUUGACCUCUGGGCUGCUAAUGGCACAUUCCCGCCCGAGUCUAAAGCUUAUGCUUGUGCAAAUCUCAAGGCUGGAGAGAGACUUCUUCAAGCUGCUGGUUGAUUAGAUCUGCGCAGGUCAUUGCAAGUAUAUAGGCGUUUAGGAAAGCGGUUUGAUAGAAUGGUUAAUGAUGUGCAUGGUUGCAUAUGAAAGCAUUUUACUUUGCGAGAUAUCUCAAAGAUUGACGGCACGGUUCCGCGUGGUUAUAUUUGGGGCUGGCGUUUCUGUUUUUGUGAAGAGAAUAGUGCCAGGGUUUGCAAAUUCGAUAUUCAUACGUAAAUGCAAUCGAGCAAUAUACAAAAUUGAUAAAUGCUAUU